AUGGGGAAAAGGACUUUGGGAGAUGGGGAUCAUCAUACCAGCAAGCACGCAACCAAUGAGUCCCUGUGGUCACUGCUCCUGGAUCCGCAACUGGUUGGAUCAGUGCUGGUACUGUUCUGGUGGGGGUCUCUGCGCCCAGCCCCACUCACCAUGAACAUCAUUGGGAACAUAGCACAGGGGCUGCACAACUGCUGGGCAGACCAUUUCUCCCGCAAGUUUCUACCCAAGAGGCCUCCCCUCCGCCAAAUCACCUAUUUGCCCAUUUUCUACCAGGUGGACUAUAAAACCCGGCAGACUGAAGUUGGCUUAGAUUAUGGCCCUCCCCGGGCCCACUUGAAUGAGGCUAAACUUAUCUUCCGGGAAGGCAAGUGGGAAGAUGAGAACAGCUCCUCUCCCCAGCAAUCACAGCUGCAGACAUCCCCUUCCCCUUUGCGGGAAAAGGCCAGUGAAAUUCUGGAAAAGAACAAAGCCCUUUUGGAGGAAAACAAUUACCUGAAGCUGCAGCUUGAGCUGCUGAUGGACAUGCUGAUAGAAACCACAGUUCAACUUCGCCUGUUGGAGAAGAAGGUGCAGGUGUCAGGCAGGCACCUGAAGACAAAACAAACAGGUAAAUUGCUGAUGCUUGAGUCCUAGAAGAAAUCACGGAAGCAAGACUGGAAGCGUAUAUGUCUAACAUACAUGUCUAGCUGUUUCCUUGCUUCAAGAAGCCUAAUAAAAUCCUGAAGCAGAUGUUUCCAGAGUGAGAUUUUUGUCCCUAUCACAGUCCACACUCGCAAGCAGCCACAUUCCAUGGAACUGCCCUGCCUUGCAAAAGCACUUAUGAGAGAUGGCCUGUUGGGAAAAAGGCUGCGGCUGUUAACAACAGCGCUGCUUGAACUGAUAGUUGUUUUCAUCCUCCAAACAUCGUGUAUAUGUUGGCUAAUUAUAACUCUUCUGAUAACUAGUUAUGUUUCGGUUUGCCUCUAUGUAUGGCUGCUGUUCUGCUGUUCACAGCCACAUUUGACCCCUGGAAGCGGCUGUACACAACAGCCUGUUGGAUGCAUCAGCUUUCAAAGUGGACAAGUAUUUUGCCUAUGCUUAAUAGUAAUUACAUAUUUACAACAAACUCAUAUGACUUUUUUUGUAACACUGAAUAAUUAAA